AUGACCCCUGAUGAAAUCACCGCCAAGGAGCGCGAGCUCGCGGAUCGCGCCGCUGCCCUCGACGCCCGCGAAGCCGCCCUCAAUCAGCAGCUCACCGCUGCCAACCAACUCAACACCGCCAACCCACCCAACCCCACUGCUGCACUCACCUCUCCCAUCCAAAACCCUACCACCGCCCAGACCUCCAACCCCAACACUUACGCCACCACCAUCAAACUGCAUGUGCCCAUCACCCUGAGCUUCGAUGAUGGCAACUACACGAGCUGGCGCGAGCUCUUCCUCGUCGCCCUCGGCCGGUACGGUCUCACCGCCCACGUCACGGGCGAGUCCACUCCCUCCGACACCGGCCCCGACUCCCCCUGGGGCCGCGACGACUACACCGUCCUCUCCUGGAUCUACGGCUCUGUCUCCGUCGACCUCCUCAACAUCGUCAUGCGUCCCGGCGCCACCGCCCGCACCAUCUGGGGCGCCAUCGAGGACCUCUUCCGCGACAACAAAAAGCACCGUGCCAUUCAGCUGGAGGCUGACUUCCGCAACACACCGCAGGGGGACCUCUCCAUCAGCGACUACUGCGCCAAGCUCAAGGCCCUCGCCGACUCUCUUGGCGACGUCGGGCAGCCCAUCUCUGACGAGAAUCUCGUGCUCACCCUCCUCCGAGGUCUUAACGAGAAUUAUGCGCAUCUUCGUUCGUUUCUGCCGUUUCAGGUGCCCUUCCCCACGUUCCUGCAGACCCGGUCCGCCCUCCUCCUCGAAGAGACGCAGAAGAAGACCGACGUCAAAAACGCCGUGGCCACGGCACUCUGGGCUUGUGGCGAGAGCGUGCAGCCGCCGCCUGGCGGGCCUCGGCCUCCACCACCACCACCACCACCACCACCAUCGGCGCCCGGUGUCGCAGGAGGCGUCGGCCGUGGCACCGGCCAACUCUACACCAACAACAACUACCGUGGCGGCCGCGGUCGCGGAGGUGGCCGCGGCGGGCGCGGACGCGGUCGCACCGACUCCCCCUGGCAGUACAAUCCGUGGACGGGCGCACCCACUCGUGCCAACCUUCAGCAGCAGCCCCAGGCACCAUGGCAGCAGCCACCCUGGUCCCCUCGGCCCUGGUCUGCUCCUGCCCCUGGAGUACUUGGUCCGCGCCCCAGCUUCCCUGCGCCGCAGGCCUAUGCUGCAUACGGGCAGCCCUCCACCAGCUACGGUCCUCAGCCGACACCGCCACCGUGCUACAACCAACCGGCCUUGGACCCUGCCCUCGUCAACGCCCUGAACAAUAUGCAACUCUCAGGAGGCGACUGGUACAUGGAUUCUGGAGCAUCCUCCCACAUGGCAUCCGACCCCGGUAACCUAUCCUCCCUCACACCUUGCUCCUCCCAAACUGUCACUGAGCUUCGUCGUCCAGUGCACACUGCUACUAUUGUUUAUUGCGACAAUGUCAGCGCAGUAUAUCUUUCCGCCAACCCGGUUCAGCAUCGCAGGACAAAACACAUUGAGCUGGACAUACACUUUGUGCAGGAGAAGGUGGCCAUUGGAGCUGUCCGUGUUCUUCAUGUACCCUCCAGCUCUCAGUACGCCGAUAUAUUCACCAAGGGGCUACCUACAGCAUUGUUCCAGGAAUUCAGAUCCAGUCUUCACGUCGACUACCCUCCUAGUUCAGACUGCGGGGGCGUGUUAGGCAACCGACAUACUCGGCCCAUCAGGCCAGAUUGUGGCGGUUAG